CUGAACAACGCACCAGCGACAUUCUCCCGCAAAAUGUUUCUAUUUUUUUCAUUUCGAAAUUGGUUUGCUUAGGAAGUAGUACACGAUCGGGGUCAGCAUCGAUCCUGCUCAUUAUCAUGUCGAUGUAAAGUCGUGCUUUGUCCUAGAAGUACGAUCCCUAGUCGAAGUUUACCACCUGAGAUCAAAACUACGAUUGAACGAACGACCACCUUGAACAACAUGGCGAAUUCCCGCAAUCCCAUCCAAAUCACGAAAAAGCGGCGAUUUUUCGAUGGUUAUGCUGACAUUGCCAACACUAGCCGCAAGAGCAUCGUGCUUCCCUCGCACGACAGUACGCUGGAGUUCGAGUGGGAGUUGGGAGACGUAAAGCCCGCCACCAUGGACCGCGAGCCCGUCACCAUUUACGAACCGAUGGACCUCGAGGAGUACGGGAUCGCCGUCAACGCCCGGCUGCUGACCAUGAACGGUAUCGACACCUCAAUUUUGACUCGUCUCCAGGUGGAGGAGCUGCUCCGGCAGCGGCCACUCACGAUGCGGUUUGCGACCAAGAAAAUACAGCUGAAGACGAAAGCGGAGGCCUCGUCCAACAGGCAUCGCCGCGGUGGAGGAGCUGGUGGUGGGUACCACAAUACUAUGUUGAGCACUGGAGCAGGUGCUGCGACGUCUAGUAGCAAUCAUAGUAGUACCAAAACACCGGUGACGCUAAUUCCCGCGGAGCCAAAAAAGAACGAGAUGGUAAUGGUAAAACGGCUUGCGUCACACCAGAAGACAGCUUGGGCCGGGCUCACGGAGAAAGACGACGCCCGGGAAGCCCGGAGGCGACGUUUUGAAGGCGGAGGUGAUAAGCAUGCAAAAAAUGCGCAAGUGCUGAUGAGUAGUGCAGCCACUGCUGCUGCAUCUUCAAGCGGAACGGCAGCGACAUCUUCAUCAUUUCUGGGUGCGCCGAUGAAUAGAAAUCAGCAAGCGCAGCUUACGAGUUCCGCGGAGGAACCCGAAUCGGAUGACGAGGAGGUGGUGACGGUCGGGCCCGUGACUGGGAAAUCGCUCGCCCUCGAGAAGUCGUACUUGCGUUUGACAAGCGAAGCCAAGGCCACCGAUGUGCGCCCAGUCGCGGUCUUGAAAGAGGCAUUUGCGCGGUUGGAAACGGGUGCGAAGGAAAAGUCCUGGAAUUACGUCUCCGAUCAGCUGCGUGCGAUCCGGCAAGAUAUCAACUGCAAAUGCUUAUGUAUCUUCGGCGACUGGGGCCAAGGAAACCAGAUGAAAGCAUUAUUGAUUUAUCGCAUCGGGCUGCAGCUUCGUGAUCGUGUGCUCCUCCUUGAAGACACGAGAGGCAUGUUGGUGUAUCAUGAUGUAUUCAGAUAAAAAUUCGCCCAAGCCAGAGUGAGAACAUUUAGUGACAACCAAGAUCAAUUUUUAAGUAUGCAAACCCCUUCGGACCCAGUGGAGACGGUAGAUAUUAUUUGCACCACCUGUGGAUAAUUCACUUGCUCGUGCAGAACCUGGGCAACACAGAAUUUGCGGCGACUGUGUACUCUAUGAAAUGUAAAAAUGUCUGGGUCUGGAAGAAUGCAACUUGUGAUGCUGAAUUUGCAUUCCAAAAAAAAUUUGUAUUGCAUGAGCAGCAAAGGCAAUGCAAGAAAUGUUGCUACGCGGAGAGGGCAUUUGUCAUGCGGAAUAGGCAUCGCGAAGCCCUCAAAAAAUCUGUGACGCUAGGGCAUGCAUCACAGACAUCAUGGCCAAUGCAAAACAUGCAUGACAAGUCUCAGAAUCUUCCAGACCCAGACACUUUUACAUUUGAUAUACUCGGCAAACGCGAUUUGGGCGCUGCACUACCGGGAUUUGGGCCAGUUUAUCAAAUGCAAAAAUGUCUGGGUCUGGAAAAUUGCCAGGUUUGUCAUGCAUAUUUUGCAUAACCCAUGAAGCCUGUAAUGCAUGACCUAGCGUCACAGAUUUUGAAAGGGCCUUCUGAUGCGUAUUCCGCAUGAGAAACGCCCACUCCACGUAGCACAAACUGAACUCCUUUUGCUGGCCAUGCAAUACAGAUUUUUUUAACCUUCCAAAGACAGCAUCACAAGUUUCAACCUUCCAGACCCAGACACUUUUGCAUUUCAUACAGUUUCAUCAGUGCGCCAUGCAGCUAAAGGCCAUGACCAGCGCUACAGCUACUUCAGAGCAAGAUGCUGAUACCACGCUAGAAAGUAAAGGUAAAGACACGACGAGCUGCAAGAAAAAAGUCCUUCCGCCGCACUUGGCAAAAGAGUUUCGUAUUUUGCGGGCGGUAUACAAUGCUUUCAUGGGGCUGGACCACAUCAAGGCUGACCUGCUGCACCCAACAGACGACGAUCCCGGCAUUCUCCUCCUGGUGGAUAGUUUCCGGCUCAAGCAGUUCCCGCGAUUUUUUCGGUUGCGGAAAAAGUGCACGGGGCCGCUCGGCGAUUUGUGCAGCUGCUUCGACAACCUUUUUCGAUGCGAGGCCCUACUGCGCUUCCUGGCCUGCUUCAAAAUAGAGAAGCCGAACGUGGAGGUGUAUCCUUUGCAAAAACGUUCCCACCCUAUAGUCAAGUAGUUGGCAAUCUAGCAACACAAAUCUCCAAGGUUUCGGAGCUGUGCAUGACAAGUUUCCCUCUGCAGUGUAGUGCUGGUUGGCAAAGGAAGCCGCAUGAGAAAGCCAUUUCCUCAUCCUGUUUACCGCAUUACAAAUUCCAAAACUAACACGAUUGGAAAUGCCUCUCAUGGAGCUGCGCAUUACAAAUGUUCCUGUCAUUGCGCAUUUGCGUGACAACUCUGGGGUGGGGACGUUUUUGCACAGGAUGAGGUGCUUUCCUGGUACAUCGGGGAGUCGGAGGAAGAACUGGUAUGUCCUGCGCAAACGUUACAAUCUCAAACGUUACAAUAGAGUCUGGAUUUUGUCUUGCAUGAAGAGCAUGAGGAACGUACGUAGAGUUGCGCCUUUCGCAAUACAAAUUUCGCCGGAUAUCAAUGGGAUUUUGGGUUCCGAAACUUGUUGUCAUGCGCAAACCUAUGGGACUACGGUACUAGAUCAUGCACUUCCUGCAUCACAGAUUGAGAUUUCCAUAUUCUAUUGUAACGUUUGAGAUUGUAACACCUGAGGAAAUUAUAACUGGCUCGCUUCUUCUCCGAAACUGCGCGUCUGAAGGACUGGGCAACCCGAAUUACCAAACCGCUGGAACUGGCGGAAGAGCUUCGCAAUUCCGUGGCCAUGAACAUUCGCCACCAAAUGAAGUAACGAUGAAAGAAGUCAUGAUUCCAGUGUAUCUCCUGACCUGUGAUGUACUUAUUUUACCGUUAUUCGCUAUUUGAACAUGAUGGACUCGUGCCGUUUUGAACAGUAUCGGCUAGUUUCCACAUGACGCUGAUGAAGGAAAUAUUUGAACUACGUGAUGAUGGUGCAUCACUCAGCUGUAGCUGCUCUUGAUGUUGUAAGUACCUCUUUUCUUUUGUUUCGGUCAGACGCUGUUUCUGUUGAGCCAAGCAC